UGUGAUUCUUUAACAGUCCCAGCUACUUCCUAUCCUCCCGAAUCAGAAAGUAGCGUGUGUAUGACUGACACUUUUUCUUGUUGGGGUUCACCGGGGCCGGAAAGAAUGACAUUUUAGAAGAGCCUCGUGUCUGGAGAAAUCCUAACACUUUCUUCACCCCAUGAAGAAUGCUGAAAACUCUGACAGGAAACCUAUGCAAUUCGUAGUCAACCGCCCACCCUACCACCUAUCUGUCCUCCAAAAGGGGAAAUAGAUGGGAAAGUUCCCCAAGCCAGUCAGCAGCAACACAGGUACCUUAAAUCCCCUUCUGCAGUCUUUGGUUAAUAAACGAGGGAGCUUUUCUCAGUGUUAAGUAACUCCGCAAGAGAAAAUAAGGAAGAAAACAAGUCCCACGGAUUGCUCCCUGUUCCCCAAGGUCCUUCUCCACCCAGGGCGUGGUCUUGAGGACGGGCAAAUUAAACUGCUAGAGCCCAGAUUCGUCCCAAGUGGGAAAACAAGAUUGAAGACCUACACCGUGUUUAUCUGACCACAAAACCCUUUAACUGAAAACUGCAGCAUGGAGCACACAAGUCAGUGUACAGAUUUGAAUCCCUUUUCUUGAGCAAGCAAGAGUGGAGAAGGCCAAACAGCCUGUGAGUUUCUGUUCCUCCUGGGCUUCCAACUUCCAAGACAAGUAUAGAACCUAUGCUCUCUGCACUUCCAGUUCUGAACCCACUAUACAGCCCUUUGUCAUUCCAGUUGCCUUCUGCUGCUACUUCUUCAGAACUGAUCACCACCUGUACCCCUAUCCCCUGUCCUCAGUUAGGUAUCUCCCAGGUGGCUUUAUCUCCCACCUCCUGGUCCCUCCAGGUCUCCACUGUGCCUCCCUGUCCGUGACAACUUACACCUGGUUGUAAUUAUCUGGUCACUUCCCUGUCUCCCCUUCUAGACACUUAGUUCCAUGAGGAUCUAGGAUUUUUCUCAUCCCAAUCUAUCUAUACCUUUAGGGACUGCACAUCCGUAGCACAACAAAAGGAAAUGUUUGUUGAAUGACUUUUACUAUCUGUACAUGUUCCAGUCCACUGCAAAAAGUAUGGGGUUGUUUUGAGCUCCACAGGUAGCUGGUCCAGGCCCAAGGAUGAUAGAAGAAACCCAGUUAUGGAAAGUCCCUGGGUGAUUAAUUAGCCACUGGAGGCAUUCCAUUCAUGCCAGCUGCUUUACCAACUGGAUUCAAAGACAGGGUCAUGGGCAAGAUUCUUCACCUGGCAGGGAUGGUGCCAGAGGCUUCUGCUGAAGCCAAAUGAGUUCAAUGCAAGUGUAAAUGAAGUUUUAUAGGAUUACUUCUAUCUGUUCAUUUUUGCAUGUUACUGUUUUCUGAACAUUUUCCCAUGUUAACAGAUACACUUUGAAAUUCUGACAGGAGGUAUCUCUGGAUAGUAGAUCUCAAAAUGAGUUUUACCUUCUAUUUGGUACUAUUUCAGCUUUCUGUACUGAGCAAGUCCCACUUCAUAUUAGGGGGAUAAAAAAACUACCUUUAUUUUUAAAUUUUUUAACAUAAUUUAAAAGUAAUUGCUAAGAUUUCCAUUUGGAAUCUAUCACAUAAUUUACCUAACCAGUCCCUACUAAGCAGCAGGAGAGGAUCAUGGCUCAGAUGAACCAUGAGGCUCCACAGACACCUGCCCCAGGAACAGCCCGAGUGCUUGUAGAGUGCAUUUAGGUUUGAGAACCAGCACAGGCUUUCCAGAAGGAUCUAUGGAUAUGGUGCCUGAUCUCUGAGUGAUCUUGGGCAGGUAAGUGGGCCUUUCUGUGCCUUGUCAAUUUAAAGGAGUUAGUAAUAGUAAGUGGUACCAGAGAGGUCAGGGGAGUGAUGCAGAUAGAGGACAGAAGGCAACAGUGCAGGUCCAUGCAGGACAGAAUUCAUGCAACUGCAUGGCUGGUCUGUUCCAUCACAUGGUUUUACAUUCCCUCUUUGUCCUGCAGAUACAGAGAGCUCGGCACCUGUGUAGGCACAGGCAGGGUAAUAAAUCAGACCUCUUUCAAAUCUGAAAAGCAUGUUUGCCAAGUACAGCCAGCUGUUUCCAGGUCUCUAGCAGACUCAAAGCUGGAGUGUCCAGAACUGAACACAAGGAUUGAGACAUGCAUGGAUGACAGCAGAGGAAGCUGUUAAACAUUAUUUUGCCCAGUUCCACUCUUUCCCAAAUUUGACCACAGAAUCCAUUUUUCAGGGCAUUUCUUAACAUCCUGGGGUUUUCAUGGAACCCUUUUGAGAAAUACCCCCUCCAGAUUCUUCAGGUAUGGGAAAGAGGUCAACUUGACCAUCUCACUUUAUGUGGAUAGUUUUACAGUGCUUUCUUCCAACUUCCUUCAGAAGGUAUAGACGCCUGAGAGAGGCCUUGAUGAAUAGAUCUGGUUUGUUCUAAAUCCUAGAUUCAGUCUACUAUUUUUUACUGUCUCUUUUGAUCUUCAAUUUUGAGAGGGGAAGAGGUGGACAGGGCUAGAACACGUAUGGCUUAUGGUCUAGGACUGUUGCCUAUGAACAGAAGCUUGUGGCUUUGGUGUCCAAGAGGCCAUGGAACAUCCACAUGGCAGUUUCCAGACAAAAUGGCAGCUCUUCUAGUCUGUCUGUCCUUCUGCCCACCCACUGAAGAUUGCCUCAGCCUGAAGUCCCGUUCCCUGAGUUGAGAAGAGAUGGCCCCCACAACUUUCCUUAAAGCCUAUACUGUCUCUCCAGGUCCUCCCCUCUUGAACACAAAUUGAGAGCAGCUAAGCAUCUUGUGAAGUCAUGGACAGAACCCUUUCCCUCUCUGCACCCCCCCCCCAUCCCCAUCUAUUAAUGAGAGAGGAUAGAGGGGGUAGGAGUUAGGCCAGAUCAGUGUUUUUCAAUCUGAGUUUCUACAAAGUUCAGGCCUCUCUCCCCUCUUCACUCAGAGCUUUGACCAUUGCUUUUACCUUUAGUCUUUCCUAGAAGGCCAUGAACUUAUCCAGGGACACAGACAUUAACCCUUCUUAAUGCUGAGCACAGGACUGGGCUCUGCCAGUGUUUCGUGAAUGAGUGGACAGAUGUGUACAGAUCAAAGACAGCUGCCUUUGGGCCCUUCCAAGACAUACUCUGCUGAACUGCCUGUACUCACCAGGACAAAAAAGACUCUGUGCUCCCUGGGAAGCCUUCCCUGGAGCUGAGCAGAAGGGCUGGGCUAGGGAAGAAGCUUCUGGAGAGCACUAGGAACCAGGAUUUCCACUGCCUGAAGCACCCUGUGAUACAGAUUUCCUUCUUUCAGAUGCAUUUCGUCUUCUCAGAUAAGGUCAUGCUUCUGUUUGACUUCUGGAGUGUUCACAGUCCUGCAGGCAUCGCCCUCUCAGUGUUGGUAGUCCUGCUCUUGGCUAUAUUGUACGAAGGCAUCAAGGUUGGCAAAGCCAAGCUCCUCUACCACACUCUGUCGAGCUUGCACACCCCCGCCAGCCAGGAGCACAUCUUGGAGAGAGAGCGGGAUUCUGUGGAUUCAGACUCACUCUUAGUCAGCAGAACCCCCCUCAGGUGGCUUUUGUGUCAUUUUGGCCAGUCUCUAGUCCAUGUUAUUCAAGUGGUCAUUGGCUACUUCAUGAUGCUGGCUGUGAUGUCCUACAAUGCCUGGAUUUUCCUUGGUGUGGUUUUGGGCUCAGCUGUGGGCUACUACCUAAUGUACCCACUUCUCGGCAAGAUUUAACUGGCAGAUGAUGAGCAGGCCUUGAGGGCUGGAGGGAGCCAGAGUCCCUCUUCCAGACAUCAUACUUCCCACUGCUUUUUCUCCUGGUGGUUGUUCCUUGCCUGCCCAGCUCCCGGCAACUUUGGGCAAAAGCCAGCACUCCCUCCCUGGAGUUCAGAGGGCACUGCAGCUGCUCCCUCCUCAGCCAGCUGAGCAGGCCUGAGCUUAGUGUGGCACCUUAAAAAGGCUGCUAUGACCAGGGGGCAGAUGAAGCAGCUAAAGCCUGUGAUGGAUGACACAGUGCUGUGACUCAAACUUAAGAAUUUUCAAAGAUCUUCAGGACAGGGAGAUGGGCUCUGGGUGACCAUGGCCAUGAAACCUGGAUACCCUGCUGCCUGCUCUGUGCCUUAUCCCUAGGAACAUCCUCCGCUGAGCUGUCUGUGGGGGACAGAGACCACGCUAGCUCCUUUUUCUCACCUUUCUGCCUUUGAACACAUGAAGAUUGUUUCUUCAGUGGAUCAUGUGGACCAAGAUUUUUCAUUUUCCCAUUGGACUCCUGGUUGGCAAUUUUGCACAUUCAUACAAAACAAAAUUUUUAAUGAAAUGAUUAUAUUUUAUACUUGAUGGAUGGCAACACCUGCUGAGACCUGUCUCGCUUUCUUGAGGGGAGAAUAAGCACCGAUUCAAGGCAGACUGGGGAGUUAGAAAGGCUCUGGCUUGUGGUCUGGAUAGAAUGAGCUCCUGCCAUCAGAUGGCACUGCCUGCAGGGGUAGGUCACUCUUGUGGCCAAUGUGUCUGGGGUAGGUCAUGGCCGUCAUGCUGCUCCCCACCCAGAUACUCUCUUAUACAGAACAGAGAACUGCAUUUAAUACUGUUCAGUGCUUAAGUGCUCUUUUUUUUUGGUACUGGGGAUCAAACUCAGGACCUUGCGCUUUCGAGGCAGGCACACUGCCACUGAGCUAAAUCCCCGGCUCCAGUGUUCUUUAUUUAUUACUUACUGCUCACUGAUUAAGCCAUGGUGGUGGGGUAUGGACUGGGGAAGCAGGAAGCAGUCAAACCAAAGCCGGUACCCUUUUAGAGUUAGAUGGACUCUGGAUAUUUGAACUUCUUCACUUUACAGAAAAGGGAAAGACUCAAGGAGAGAAAACUGCUACUGUAUACUGUAAUAUCUAUGCUCAAGGACCUCAUGGGCUAGAUGAAAAGAUGCUCUUAAGCUUUGGGAGUUAAAACAUACAUUUUAAUAAAUAUAUAUUUUUGAACAGUC